CCCGGCCCGGUGCAUAAACUUCAUGAAAUAGGUUAGGAACUCAGUAGUGUUUGUUUUCAUUUCGAAAACAAAAUUUUGCUCGUGUGAUAAUAUGUGAAACUCUAUCAGAAUGGAUAAUAUCGAAUGGAAUAUAUUUAACGAGGGCCAACUCCUUGAUGCAAUGGUGGGACAUAAACCAGUCGGCAUAAACAAACAUUUUCAAAUGGCAUUAAUAUGUGAACAAUUGGGUAACAACAUAAAUAAAGAUGUAAAUCCUGAAGGAAUAUGGGAACACUUACGUACUAUGUAUAAUUUAGAGGCUUUAGACAAACACGAAUCCAUUCCUUUUCCUAAUAGUAUAAGAGAAUUUGCCUUACCAGAGGAUGAUUUUGGUGAACUGAUGACAACCAAAGAAGAUCGUGGAAUGCCAAAAUUAUAUAGUCAAGUUACCACUCCUAAUUUUAAAAAUACACCAAACCGAGAUACUAAUAGAAGCACUAAAGAAUUGAAAAAAGAUACUGACAGAACAAAAUCUUCAACAAGAAAAAGAAAUUCAAGUGGUGCAAGAAGUAGGAUUGAAGAAACCCCAAAACUUCCUAAGCGACCAUUAAGAGGAAGCUUGAAACUUGAAGACAAUUCUUUGAACGGAAAAUUGAGUCCAACACCUAGUAAACGAAGAAGAAUUAUUUAAAUUUGUUGAAAAACUUUGAGACUGAGAAAGUUAUUCCUUGUAAAUUUUAUAUUGUUAUAUUUUCAGGUAGUUAUUUUCUAUUUCUAUUUUCUAAAUCAUUUGUCUUUGAAAUGAAAAGUAUUCAUUUUCGAUAAACAUAAAAGAAAUCAUUCACAUUAGUGAAACAUGCAAAAACAGUUUGAUAAUUAAUAUGCACUAUUAACUCUAAAUAAUUUAGUUAUGUACAAUAUGGUGAAAGUACAAAUUAUUUUAAUGAACAUUCCUUUAAAAAACUAGAAUAUUGAUUGAAAGUAGAACAGUUUUCAUUAAAGUUAUAUCGCAAAUAGUGAUAAAUUAUCAAAUAAUUGAAUAGUGUAUCCUUAAUCAAAAAUUUUGCGUUACAUCCAUAGAUUCUACUAUUUAUAGCAUAUCUGAUGCUUGCCUGAUUUUAUAUGACUGAAAAUAUUAGUUAUAAAUCAUGUCUAGGCACAAAAUCAUGUUCAAUAACUACUUAACUGGAUAAAAAGGCAUUGUAAAAAUUGAAGAUCAAGAAAAAACCUUUUGUUGUUAAAAACAGUUAGUAUUUGAUAGAACUCAUUUUUAAUAUAAUUCUACUUAUAACUUGAAUAUAGUCAAUAAUAAUAAUAUGAAUCUUGUUUGAUGAAAUUCAUUAUAGUGAAAGAUCUAGCAGUAUUUUAUUACAUUUUAGUAUUUUGAUCAAAAUAUGUGAUAAUUAUUAUGUAAACUUAAAGAAUAUUCUAUCCUUUUUGAUAAGUUCAACUUUCUAGUUGAUUAGUUUCUAGUCUUUAAUUUCUUUUUGUCUAACAGAACUUAAUAAUAAUAAGUAAGGUCAAAACAAUAAUGAAAUUGACAAUAUGUCAACUACCUCCCUGCCACAUAUUUAAUCAGAGAUUAAUAAAAUUACGAUAGGACAAAGUGAUAUGAUGUAGUUUAUAUUGAAAAUAUUUUUCUGUAACAUUUAAUGCU